ACGUAAAUAAACACACAUGUGUAGUAGCUAUCGCCACCUGUAGCACGAUUUAGAUCCGCGAAGCAUCUCCAUUCACAUUUAACCAGCCUGUAAAGUGGGCAAUCCCGCAGUGUGGCAUUGUCAGAUGGGAAAGCUGACAUACAGAGCGCUCUUCUCUUCUGGACUGAUCAGCUGGAUUCUGAACGAAGAUACAUUCUACUAAAUCCAAUAUUAUUCAUUAAUCGAUUAAUUUCAUUGAAUUCAUCUCGAAUAUGUCUUUAAACGAAACAACUUUAUUUUUAUUUGCCUCUCAGAACUUUACUACAGAAGAUAAUUUUAGCCAUUUUCAUCUAUUAGAGAAAUUGCAUCAACUCAUGAGUAACAGAGCCAUCGACGAUUCAGCACUCAUUGGACUUCUCACAGCCUACGUCGUUCUAAUCUUAAUUGGAGCAACCGGUAACGGACUAGUUUGCCUAGCAGUCGCUCGAAAACCUCAAAUGAGAACUGCACGUAACGUUUUCAUCAUCAAUUUAGCCAUUUCAGACCUGAUACUCUGUCUCUUCACAAUGCCUUUCUCUCUAGUAGAGAUCACAUUGAAAUUCUGGCCUUUAGGAGAGCUGACAUGUAAAUUAGUGGCAGCACUCCAAGCUACGAGUAUUUAUGUAUCCACAAUUAGCAUAACUGCAAUUGCUAUGGAUCGUUACAAGGUAAUAUUAUAUCCCACACAAGAGAACUGUAAACCUUUAAAUGCCGUACUUACUUUGACGUCAAUCUGGCUGAUAGCCCUUCUAUUAUCUACUCCUCUCUUUCUCUAUAGAGAAGUUGAACACGUCAAUGUAAGUUUACCGCUGUUAGAUUCGGUCGACUACUGUUUAGAAAAUUGGCCAUUGAGUUACGGAAGGCCAUUAUAUUCGUUGUUUUCUAUGCUGUUUCAGUACGUGUUACCAAUUGUAAUUGUAAGUGUUGCAUACGCCCGAAUAUGUAGAAAAUUGAGAUAUCGACUUAUUGCAAAGGGUACAAAACUUCAAGAAAAGCAAGAAAGAGAUAAACAGAGAAUGAAAAAGACGAAUAUUUUAUUGAUUUCGAUUGCAUUGAUAUUCGGUAUAAGUUGGUUGCCUUUAAAUAUUCUAAACUUGGUUACUGAUUUAUGUUAUCCUUUUCAUGACAAUUCUGUAUUUAGAAUUGUUUUUGCCUGUUGUCACAUGGCUGGAAUGAGUUCUGCAUGUUCUAAUCCUCUUUUAUACGGAUGGCUUAACGAUAAUUUUCGUAAAGAAUUCAAAGAUAUUUUCCGAUCUUGUUGCCCUUUAGAUUCUUCACCAAAAAUUGGAAAAAAAUGCUUUGGAAACGAUAAAACAGAAUCUGUCGUCUUAUAUACUAAAACUCCUCCAACGAUUGUCAAUCAUGUCGUUGAAACUCGAUCCCAACACACCGGAGCUAUUGUUAGAAUUCUAUAAUGGAUUGUUUUGUUCGCUUUUUCGAAUGUCAUAUACACAAGACAAAUUACUGUUUCAAAUUGAUUCUAAAGAAAUUAUAUCGUGGAGGAAAAAUGGAAUAAAUCUUAAUAUUUAUAAAUAUAAUGUUAUAUAUUUUAAUUAAAUAAUUAUAAAA